AUGUUUAAUACCUGGUCCUUGCGAGGGUCUUUGACUGAAGACAAGGAUCAAGUAAAGCUGGUUCUGCAAAGUUAAUAAAUCUGGGUAUGUAAAAAAAAAACAACAACCGUAAACCACUAAUAAAAGAAUACAAGCGGGUUUUAAUUCAGCCCGGCAAAAAAAGUGAAGAACUGGACGCAGAAUCAACUCACAAAUCGAAUGCACAAUCAGAAAAAUACUCUCCUCUUUGGAAAUGUUCAAAACUUUUUAUUCCACCUCAGACUGAGAAUGAUCAGUUUUUCCUUUAACCUUGGUUGUUCUGAAUCCAAAGUAAUUUUCAAGUGACGAAAAAAAAAAAACAAACAAACAAACAAAUGACAUGUUUUUAACUGAAAGGAUGUAAUUGAAGUUUACUGCUUUAAGAGAUGGCAUCAGUUGUGCCGUGUACGUCCAUACCGCCUUCAUUGAUUUAAGUGACUUACCGUUAAUAAUAAACUAAGAAAAACCUCUACAAGGCAAAAUUGAGAUUAUUUAAUUAGACAAUUAACAUGAAUAAAAUAUUUUUCUCGCUUUAUCGCAGAGACAAUUCUGUUAUGUUAACUGGUUGUUUUAUCAUGUUAUUUGAACAACUGUUGAAAGCUCUGUCUUGGAUGUAAUCAACAGCAGCUUUCUGGGCCCGUUAAUUAUCGGGACUUCGAGAAACAGGCCUCUUGUUCGAACCUUGCUGUCAUGUUGUUUCCUUACACAAGAAACGUUUUGGUGUGCUGAGAUAGUAAAUGCAGUAAAUACGGAACUACACGUAAAUGCUGUGAUAUGUGAGUGUGGACAUUAGGAAGAUGUGAAUUGUUUGUUGGCUGGUUUUGAUUUAGCAUACAUGUAAAUUCAAAAGAUGAAUGUGAACAUGACCAGAUAUCUAAACUUCCUAUUAGGGUCACUGUCCCUGGCACGUGGCAGAGAAGCAAAUGGUAAUUGCCAUUACUUAUGCGCAACUACUGUAACUCUGUUUCGUUUGUCUUGUUUGUUUGUUCGGGUGCUUAGUGCAGUGUAGGAAAGAUGUCUGUGAAAGACUAGGUCUCAGUCAGGAAGAUGUGGAGCUGAGUAUGAGAGUGUCAAGUGGUUUUGAUAAAGUAGUGGGUACCCUAAUGCAUGGCUGGUACAACUAGCUGGUGUUGUAGUAUUUGAUUUCUGUGUUGCUGUAAACACCAUAGUGCCACACCAGCAAAUGAAAUGCUCAUAAUGCUCAAAGAAACCCUGCCCUGCAUUCAAGGGUAUCUAGAUUAUAAAACACAGAUUGGGGACGCCUGACCAUGGAUUAUCAUUGAUUUAUUGAUCUUUGUGCCAAUUGUCGGAAAUCCCGCCUAUGCGACAAGGGUCUCAAGAAACGAGUUGCUAGCCCAAACACGUUCCUUCCUUAGGUCUUUCUUCAGCGUAUCUAACUGAAACCUCAACUUAACGUCUUGCUUUGAAACUAAAAUUACGCGGGACUCGCGCCAUUCACGGUGGUUACGUCACUUGCUGCAAAACAAAUUUGCCUUGUGCAUGCCGGUAAAACGCACGACAUGUACAGAUUUUUUUUUAAACAGUAGAACCACUCUCUACUUUCUGCAACAACUUUCGCAACCUGCAACAACCUGAUUUGUUGCAAGACAGAUUUGAUUCGUGGGUGGUAAAACGCGCAACAUCGCUCUUUAGCUUGUUUUGCAGCAAUGGUGCAUAACAAGUUGCAGCUUUUUGUUGCCCACUUUACUGUACCUUAAAAAGAAAUGAUUUUUAAUGACUUACAGAUUUUAAGGCAAGUACAAAUGUGCGAGUAGGCAGUACAUUCUUCAGUGCCAGACAACCUAAACAACCAAGCAGUGCUAAUGCUGCGGGGGAAAUUCCUCAGCAAUCCCCGCGGGAAACAAUGGUAUCCGGUGGGACCUCCCAACUAAAAACGUCCCAAGGAACAAACCCAGCACCCGGUGAGGAACAAGACACUUUUCCUCCGGAAAGUUUC